AUGUCUCUUAGAAUAAAAGCGCUAGAUGCAUCAGUGGUCAAUAAAAUCGCUGCGGGUGAGAUUAUAAUAUCCCCUGUAAAUGCACUUAAGGAAAUGAUGGAAAAUUCCAUCGAUGCGAACGCGACGAUGAUUGAUAUUCUAGUCAAGGAAGGGGGGAUCAAGGUUCUUCAAAUAACAGACAAUGGUUCUGGGAUUAAUAAAUCAGAUCUGCCAAUCUUAUGUGAGCGGUUCACAACGUCCAAAUUACAAAAAUUCGAAGAUUUGAGUCAGAUUCAAACAUAUGGAUUUCGAGGGGAAGCUUUAGCCAGUAUCUCUCAUGUGGCAAGGGUCACAGUAACAACAAAAGUCAAAGAAGACAGAUGUGCAUGGAGAGUUUCUUAUGCUGAAGGCAAGAUGUUGGAAACUCCCAAACCUGUUGCCGGAAAAGACGGUACCACGAUCCUUGUUGAAGAUCUUUUUUUUAAUAUUCCUUCCAGGUUAAGGGCCCUGAGAUCCCAUAAUGAUGAAUAUUCUAAAAUAUUAGAUGUAGUUGGGCGAUAUGCUAUUCAUUCCAAAGGUAUUGGUUUUUCUUGUAAAAAGUUCGGAGACUCUAAUUAUUCUUUAGCGGUUAAACCUUCAUACAUAGUCCAGGAUAGGAUUAGAACUGUAUUCAAUAAAUCUGUGGCUUCUAAUUUAAUAUCUUUCCAUAUCAGCAAAGUAGAAGAUUUAAAUCUGGAGAGCGUUGACGGAAAGGUGUGUAAUUUGAACUUCAUAUCCAAAAAGUCCAUUUCACCAAUUUUCUUCAUCAAUAAUAGACUAGUGACGUGCGACCCCUUAAGAAGAGCUCUUAACAGCGUUUACUCUAAUUAUCUCCCAAAAGGCAACCGACCUUUUAUUUAUUUGGGGAUUAUAAUAGAUUCAGCCGCUGUGGAUGUUAACGUUCACCCAACAAAGAGAGAGGUUCGUUUCUUGAGCCAAGAUGAGAUCAUAGAGAAAAUUGCCAAUCAGUUGCAUGCCGAAUUAUCCGCCAUUGAUACUUCACGUACUUUCAAAGCUUCAUCAAUCUCAACAAGUCAGCCAGGAUCGUUAAUAUCAUCAAAUAAUACUAUAGAGAAUGGAGAGGAGAGGAAGACUCUCCGACAGGCCCAAGUAGUAGAAAAUUCAUACGCGAUAACCAAUAAUCAACUGGGGAGAGCGAAAAGACAAGAAAAUAAAUUAGUUAGAACAGAUGCUUCACAGGCCAAGAUUACGUCGUUUUUAUCCUCAAGUCAACAGUUCAACUUUAACGGGUCGUCUAUGAGGCGGCAACUGAGCCAAUCUAAGUUAAAAAGUGUGAGCCGCUCCCAAGAGAGAGAACAGUUAACACUAAAAGAAAGCGAACAAUUGCGUGAUGCUAAUUCAAGUAGUGAUAAUGAGUUGAAGGAUCAACCUAGGAAGAGACAAAAGCUAGGGGAUUAUAAAAUCCCCUGUAUUAUUGAUGGCGAAAAGAAUACGCUCCCAGUUUCAAAAGAUGGGUAUACCAGAGUUCCUAAAGAGCGAGUUAAUGUGAAUCUUACGAGUAUUAAGAAAAUGCGGGAAAAAGUAGAUGAUUCAAUACAUCGAGAACUAACAGACAUUUUUGCAAAUUUGAAUUAUGUUGGGGUUGUAGAUGAGGAAAGAAGAUUAGCCGCCAUUCAGCAUGACUUAAAGCUCUUUUUAAUAGAUUACGGAUCUGUGUGCUAUGAACUAUUCUAUCAGAUCGGAUUGACAGACUUCGCAAACUUUGGUAAGAUUAACCUACAGAGUACAGAUGUGUCAGAUGAUAUAGUUUUAUAUAACCUCCUGUCAGAAUUUGAGGAAUUAAAUGACGAUACCUCAAAAGAAAAAAUAAUCAGUAAAAUAUGGGACAUGAGCAGCAUGCUGGAUGAGUACUUUUCCAUAGAAUUGGUAAAUGAUAGUCCAGAUAACGACUUGAAGUCUGUGAAGCUGAAAUCUUUACCUUUACUUUUAAAGGGCUACAUUCCAUCUUUGACCAAAUUACCAUUUUUUAUUUAUCGCUUGGGUAAAGAAGUUAAUUGGGGGGAUGAACAAGAGUGCCUAGACAGUAUUUUAAGAGAGAUUGCAUUGCUUUAUAUACCGGAUAUGGUUCCUAAAGUGGAUACGUCUGAUAUGUCCUUGUCAGAAGAUGAAAAGACCCAGUUUAUAGAUAGAAAGGAACAUAUAUCCUCAUUACUGGAACACGUUCUCUUUCCUUGUAUUAAACGAAGGUUUCUGGCGCCUAGACACAUUCUCAAGGACGUUGUGGAAAUAGCUAACCUUCCAGGCCUAUACAAAGUUUUUGAGAGAUGCUAG